AGAAGAAAAAGAAGACGCAUGUGACGUCCCGGAAGUGCUUUUCGUUUUGUAAAAAACAAACAAAAAAAAGAUCAUUAUUCAUUUAGUUUAUUUAGAAUACAUACUGUAUACACGGAGUAUACUGUAAGUCAUUUGGCCAUCAAGACCAACUCUUAAAUGUUUAGUGUAGGUCUUUUGGUAACUCUGUUUUUGGCGCUCAUAUUUCACUGAGCAAAUGAUUUAAAACCAGUGUAUCGUCGGUAACUUAUAUAUUAAGACGCGUUCAUGAAAAUACUGCCGCUUAGGUUUUAAAUCUCAACAAUCGAUCAAAUCCAGAGUCUUUUGUCGCUGAGUGUCUGUCAAUGGAAAGUGAAAAACACACCGAGUGGAGUUCGGCUUUAGAUGAAGACUUACUUCAGGAUCCCGUUUCUGCAGUGAUUCCGCCGGAUCCUUCCCCAUGGAGCCUAUCAGCCGGGCCCUGGUCCACUGAGAGCAGCGUCCCAGCAGUAUUAAAUCAGUAUGCUGAAGCGCUGACUUGCAGCACUUUUAUCCCCAGCAGCGAAACGCAGAGCCAAACCGUACAGACGGAGGACUGGACAGAGGAAAGAUCUACAAACACAAAUGAGGACUGGGAAUCAGACAUGUCACCACUAAUCAGCUCCCUUAAGGAUGCCAUGCAUCAUGUUGUUUCAAAGACUGACAAAACAUUCAAAUUAGAGGUGAAGUAUAUCAAUGCAGUGAAAGGACGUGGUCUGUUCGCAAAGGGUUCCAUUUGCAAAGGUGAUUUUGUUGUUGAAUAUAGGGGAGAUAUAAUAAGUGAUGCAGAAUUGCAGAGAAGAAGAAAACGUUACCACGCAUCCAGUGCUGCAUUUAUGUUUGAGUUCAAGUGGAGAGGGAAAUCAUGGUGUAUUGAUGCCUCUAGAGAAGAUGGAUCAUUUGGGCGGAUAGUUAAUGAUGACCACAGACAUCCAAACUCUAAGAUGAAGAAAAUUGAUGUGAAUGGAAAGCCACACCUUUGUUUGUUUGCCCUGAAUGACAUAAAAGAAGCAGAAGAAAUUACCUAUGACUAUGGAGAAGAUGAUUACCCCUGGAGAACACAAACGACCAGCACAGCUGCUAAUACCAGGGAAGACGGCGAUUCUGAUCCUUCCCUCCAGUCAAAGACUCAGAUGAAUGAUACUACUGGUCAAAACAAUUCUCCUCAACAGAUGAAAGAUGAAGAUCUUCAAGAUUCGGAUGAACUCUUUGAUUCUACACCAGAGAGUUCAGACUAUUACUUUACAGAUACCACUUCUGAAAGUGACUGUGAUGGUGAUGCUAAUCUUAUACCAAACCAGACAAAACUUCAGCUUCUCUAUGAUGACCUGGAUGUUGAUGAAUCUGGCUCACUGAGUUCCCUUGACUGUGACACAGCAACACCAGAUAAAAUGCACAGCCUUGCAUCUGGAGCAUCUGGAACAGAAGAACCAUGCUCAAGUCAGAAUGCAAUAGAUGGCGUAGUUGUUAGUGCAUACCAAAAAAGAGGUGUUAGUAGAGUCUACAACAAGAGACAUUACUGCUUAUAUUGCUGUAAGCCUUAUGCCAAGAUGGCAAGGCAUCUAGAAAGUUCACAUGCACAUGAAUCUGAUGUGGCUAAAGCGCUAAGCUUUCUAAAGAGUUCCAAGGAGAGAAAAAAACAGCUAGAUUAUAUUCGCAACAGAGGAAACUAUGCUCACAAUGCUGCUGUUAUGGAAUCAGGAAAGGGGGAACUAGUGCCAUUUAAACGACCACCCAAAGAAGCGCAGGGAAAAGAUUUCAUGCAUUGUGCAUACUGUCAAGGACUUUUUACAAGAAAGGUCCUGUGGCGACAUAUGCGUACUUGUAGGCUUCAACCUCAGUCGGUCCCCCUCAAACCAGGAAAAAAACGUGUUCAGUCCAUGUGUAUGUACACAGGGCCUGUGCCUUCAAACAUGACUAAACAACUAUGGGAAGUAAUUAGUGUCAUGCAUCCUGACCCAAUCACAGAUAUAAUAAAAAAUGACAAAGUAAUUAUUGAUAUUGGUCAGCACAUGUUAAACAUAGGUGGACUAUCAGCCAAGAAUAAACAGUGUGUGCGAGAGAAGAUGCGAGAAUUGGGAAGGUUGGUUCACAAUGCUAGGAAAGUCACCUCCUUAAAAACAAUGGAAGAUUGUGUAAAUCCAAAGAAGUACAUGGAGACUGUCAAAGCUGUCAAGUAUACAUGUGGGUAUGAGUCUGACAAGUUCAUGAUUCCAUCACUUGCAAAGAAGCUUGGUAGUUCCCUGGUUAAAGUAAGCAAACUCUUAAAAGCUCAGGGCUUAAUCUCAAACAACAAACAGCUUGUGAAGAAUGCUAGUGAGUUUCAAGACGUCCAUCAGGAAAAGUGGAAUGAGAUGAUCUUAGCUACAGCAUUGAGGAAUAUCAGGGAAGCAAAGUGGAAUGUGCCCACUCUCAUGCCCUUUACUGAAGAUGUCCAAAAAAUGCAUACAUAUCUCAGUCAAGUGCAAGACGAGUGGUACAAAUCACUCUCUGAAAGUUCCUUUACUAAAGCCUGGAUGGAGCUUGCAAAGGUUUGUCUAGCCCAGAUAAUUAUCUUUAACCGGCACAGGGGAGGAGAGGUGGCGAGCAUGCCUUUGUCUGCGUUUUUGUCAAGAGACACUUCUGAUCCGCAUGAGGAUGUGGACUGGGCACUCUCCGAAGUAGAAAAAAAACUCUGCAGACACUUCUCAAGGAUUAUCAUCAGGGGAAAGCAUGGUCGACCAGUUCCAGUUCUUCUGACUCCAAAAAUGCUGCAUGCCUUAGAACUCCUUGUUAAGAAGAGAGAGCCUUGUGGGGUUCUAAAAGACAAUGCUUAUAUGUUUGCAAGACCAGAAGCCAUGACACAUUUCCGAGGGUCAGACUGCCUCCGUGGCUUUGCAAAGGCGUGUGGUGCAAAGUGUCCCAAGUCGCUGACAUCUACCAGACUGCGAAAGCAUGUUGCAAUCCUUUCAACAGUGCUGAAUAUGACAGGCGCAGAGAUGGACCAGCUGGCAAACUUUCUUGGACACCACUUAAAAAUCCAUCAUGAGUUCUGUCGACUCCCUGAGAAGACCCUGCAACUUGCCAAAAUCUGCAAAGUCCUAAUGGCUCUCGAACAAGGAAGAUUAUCUGAGUUCCAUGGCAAGAACUUGGAUGAAAUUGUGAUAGAUCCUGAUGAAAAAGUCCUGGAAAGUGAUGAAGACAGGAGCAUACAGGAGGGACACUGUUCAUCUACUGUUUAUGAACCAAAAGCAGAGGAGACACUUCCUCCUGCUGAGAGGAAUGAAAUGCCACCACCACCCAAAAGACAUAAACCACCAUCACCAGAUGAAAAGGUUCCUUCAGGAGCCAGUGCUUUGAGGACGUCUUUUAAAGGUAAAACUACCCGGAGGAAAAAUCCCUGGCAGCAGACCGAGGUGCAGGCGGUGGAAAGGCACAUGAUGAGAUUCAUCACAUCUUUUACUGUACCAGCAAAGAGUGACUGUGAGAAGUGUUUAAAGGCUGAACCACAAGCUCUGAAGUACCGUGACUGGAAGAACGUGAAAUUCUUCAUAUAUAACCGCAUUACAGCCUAUAAAAAGAGUUUGCAGUGCAAAUAAUGUGAAGAUUACCAACUCUCUGGUAUGGCAGUUUUUGUUUACAUUAGCCUUUUUUCUCUCUUCCAUUCACUUUUGAGGUAGGUGAAGUUGUGCCAGAAAUACCUACGCUGUUUCCAAAGAGGUCAAAACUCCAGCAAAAUUUGUAGGACAUUAAACAACUGUAUUGAUAGAGCAGUGCUUUUCAUCAGAAACUUCAAACAUACUGCAAACUUCAAAUUUCAAAUUGUGUAUGUGAGGCAAAACAAAAAAUGAUUAUUUAUUUAUUCAACAAUAAUUUACAUCCACACGUAUUGGCCAGUGGGACACCUACAAAGAUAUUUGUCACGGGCUGAAAAAGAAGCAAUGGGAGUGUCCAACAGAGGACAUGGGUGACAAAUAUGGUGUCACCAUAUUAAACAAGAUUGCCGUAUGUUUUAUGAUGACGGAUGAAGGCCAUAAGCUGAAAUGCACCAGUCUAACAAUAGCAAAACUUGUCAAACCAUUUUAGAGUUUUGACCUCUAGUUUUUGUUUACAUUCUGUCUCAGUAAUUUUUUUAUACUUUUUAAUAUAAAAAUAAUUUAUUUGAAGGGUUUAUUUGAAUUCGUUUGUUUGUAAAGUUGAACCCAUUAAAAGUUACAUUCAGCAAAUUAAAUGAUUUGAUGUCUCGAGGUUCAUUUAGUAGUUAUUAGGGAUGCGCAAUAUUAUUGGAACGAUAUCGGAAUCGGCUGAUAAAGAUUUAAUGUUAACAUCGGCAUCGGCCCAAUAUGAAAAAUUAUGCCGAUAUGCCUUGCCAAUAAGACAAAUAGCUCACAUGUGC